UUAAUAAUUAUUUAGUAACUAGUUCUCACAUAUGUCACAUGUAGUUUGUUUGCAGAUAAAAGCAAUAAAUAAAAGAUAAAAAUAUAUGUUAUGUUGUAUUUCGUUGAUGUAUAUUUGCAAUUUUUACAUUUAUUGUAAGCGCAAACAUGCGUACAGACUAAGUCCGCGGUACAGACGUCCGUGAAGAGCAGUGAAAAGUAAACAUCGAUUAGAUAGGUGUAUACAUGUAAAUAUGUGCGUACAUAUGUGUUAAUCAAUCUAAAUUUAUUCAAUGCGAUUCUAUUUUUCCAAGAACGACAUUCUACGUAAAGGCGUGAUGGAAUUCUCAGCCGUCAGUAUAUUUGUAGUGAACUACAUAGCGACAUGUGGGUUGUGCCAGUAUAGUUAUCAGUUGGGAUAGAGGGGGGAUAUUUGGCUGUUGAUUAUGAUAACUGAAUUUGCUGUGGAUGUAACAUGACGUGGAAUCCGUUGAAGAGGAACCACUUGACGCAAAGGCCAUCCCCAGCGCCGCCCUUGCUCUCGCAUGCAGAAGAUAGGGAUUUGGAUGUCACUGUCCAGAAGCUCAUACAUGCCGAGGAUACUAUUAGGAAGCUGACCAAGGAAAUGAAAAAGUAUUUAGAGGCGGUUGCUAAUCUAGACCGAGCUGAUCAGCGACUAAGCAUGAACCUGAGUACAAGUGGAUUAGCUCACCUCAGUGAUGAGUUUCGGAGAAUAGUUGAAGACUAUCAUUCCGUUACUACUCAAGUAGGCAAAACGGUCCAAGAAAUGAUUCACCUUUGCCAAAAAACUUUUAUAGAGCCACUAAAAAAACUGCGAGACGAAUUUGCUCUGAUUGCUGCAGCUAUUACCAAACGUGAGGAACUUGUCAAUAACUGGAAGUACUUGCAUAAUCGAGUCAGAAAACUACAGGAAAAAAAGGAUAGAGCAGCUAGCCAUAUUGCUAAAUUAGAAAGGGAACGUCGGGCAGAAGAGGUGGCUGGAAAAGAAUUGAGAACUGUUCAUGCUCAGUUACUGGUUGAAUUGCCCGCAUUUUUAGAUAAGAGAUUGGAAUAUAUUAAGCCAAGCAUUCAUGCCCUGAUAAUGAUUCAAUUAGACUAUUAUGGCAACACGACAAGAUUGUUUACACAUCUGAUGCCUGUUCAAAAUUCAUCCGAUUCUCCUGGGAGCGCUAUGAUGUCAGAGACAGAUUAUCAACACUUGAUCGCUGGGUACAUGAAUGAAAUACGAGCUCUUACUAUUGUCAAAGAUAACUGAUUGUUAGGUUUCCGGAUAUGGUCUCCACGUUUAGAGAGCCUUCGUUCUUCUGCUUUAGCACGUAAAACAGCUGGAUCUUGCACAAACUGAGUUCUGUCACUAUUUGUGCUGGUUUUUGCAUUUUGAUCCUGCUCAUCUUCGUCAUCAUCUGAAGGACCUUCAUAUUUACUUCGUGUUUGAAGCACCUGUAACAAAUAUAUCAACAUAUCUAAAUAAUUUUUUUGUUUCCGAUUCAACUCACUACUAAAUUGCAAUUAUAAUUAUCAUCAGCAAGGUCUGAUAUCAAAUCAUAGAAAGCAACCAUGAAUCAUUUUUCUGUCUGUUUCAAUCAUUCAAUUUGUAUCAAUACUUGUUUGCAUAUGGCUGAAUUUGGUUCGGAAAUGGAAAAAAAAAUUCUACAUUGUUACUUGAUGUCGAAACUAACCCUUGGAACUGUAAAUGGUCGGGCAUCCAUUUCAGUUGCUUCAUCACGAGCACUUAAGCCAACGUCUUGACUUUCAUACGUGUCGUCGUACUCAUCUUCAUAAUCGUCUGUGAUCAAGCUAUAUUUUGAGUACACACUGUGCAGUUCUUCCUUAUAAGAUUUGUCAUUAAGCAGCUCAUUUAGAUUCUUGUGCUUGUCUUUUCUGUAAGUACAUGUAAAAAAUAUAUAUAAACAAGUGUUGAUAUUUCCUGAUUUUCUUUCAUAUCAAUCGUGAAAUGAAUUCUAUUAUUAUUUACUUUGAAUACCUGAUAUAUAUUUUUUGAAUGAGAUUUAAAUAUUUUGUUAGUUGUAUUUCCAAUUAUAAACAGAUGUUAUAUUUUUCAUUCCAUUUAUAUUACUAUAUUUUAUGUUAGAAAAGCAUAUAAUGCCUAGAGUUUUGUUUAUUAUAUAUUUUUUUCCAGAUUAUGUUCACAUUCAAACUAAAUCUAUUUCAGAAUUUUUAUUUUAAAUCCGAUAAUCAUGUAAUGACUUGAAAGAUGUAGUGUAGGUUUUGAUGGCUCUGACAUAUACCUUUGUGUCUGAUGCCAAGGCCAUCAUUCAGCUUUAAAUUCAAAUUCAUAUUUUAGAAGAUAUUUAAUCUUCGACCAAUAUUGCUGAAUAUUAUAUUUAUUGUAUAUAAACUGUAGUACUGAAAACGUACUAUUUAUUCUUGUAGAUAUGUAUGUUAAUAUUAUGCAUUGAUACCUUGCGAUUUGUAAAUAUAUUAAAUUU